GCGAUUGUGUUUGCGCGUGCGGUGGACCGAAGCUGAACUCGGCUUCGAUGUAGAGCAGGAUAUUACCCAUUAUCCGUGAUGGCCCCGGUUUACACCGAAUAUUUGUGUUUUCGCGUUAUGAAACAGAUAAUUUUGAGAAGUCUUUAGUUAAAGAUUUCUUCGUGUGCGCGUACAUGGGUAUAAAAUGAUAUCCCGGUGUGGAAACAGAGGAAUAAGCCGGUAUAAUCCUCGCAGUCGGAUAGAGGCGAAGCUUAUGUUUUGUAUUUGCACUUCCGGGUUUGGACCGUGAUGGAAAUGGACCAAGAGGACGGUACCGAGUUCGUCCUGACUUUCGCCGUGGACGUUAAUGAAAACCGAACAGAGAGCUGUAAAUCACACACUCUCCAACCUCUGGCUCAGACUCAGAGUGUGAACAAUGUGUUUAAUCCAGGUCCAAAAUGUCCUGUUGACUCAAGAGGAACCUGGGUCACUUCUGAAGAACCUCAGAUCAAUGGUUUUUCCGAACCUGAUGGUGUGAUUGAGCUGAGUCUGGAACCAAAGGGUGGGGAAUGCAAAGCUGACACAUCUGGACACAUCAGGGCACCAGAUGGAGAAACAGGAUGUUUUGGAGAAAUCAGUCCUAACCUAACUCAAAACAGACAUUGUGAUGGUUCUGAUGGUCACCUGACCGUGAAUGGGAAAGUUGUGGAUCUUUGGGGGUUUCAUGGCAGCCCGGUUAUGAGUGACGGAACAACAGUUAUUGGAGGAACCAAUGGCAAUCUGAUCACAUCUGUGGAAACAUCAGAAACGGAAAGAGGAACCCACUCCAGAUGGCUUACAUUUGGUGAAACUUAUGGAAAUGAUGAUUCUCUGACCGAAUCUAGACACACAGUCACAUCUCAUGGAACUCAUGCAGAUGUUUGGGAAUUCCAUGCCAGGGCAUUUGGCAAUAAGAACACAUCUGCAGAAACAUCAGGUGGUAUAGGAACCAACAUAAACUGGGCUAUAACUAGAGAUGUUGCUGGGUUUAGUGAAACCAAUGGCAGCCUGACUGAAUCUAGACCUGUAAAUACAUUAGAUGCAGUAGAUCCAAUUGUGAUUGGAGAAACUGUCAGUACUGGAGAAUCCAGUGGUUAUCAGAUAACAUCGGGAGAAAUAACAGAUUGGAUCAACGUCCACUCAGUUGCUUUAGUAGAAACAGUGGGCACCAAAGGCUUAAAUGCUGUACUAGCUAAGAAAACAGUCAGUGAUGAAGGAAGUGAUGGUAUUCUUACCAUGGCUGGAGCCUGUGCCAGCAUGGCUGCAUUUGAAGAAACAACCACCAUCUGGACCAAUAGACACCAUACAGUCACUGGAGAAACCAAUGGUGAUUUUACUGCAAAUGAGGAAUCUGAUGGUCCUCAAUGCACCAAGAUCAGACAUGUUACUGCAGAUAAAGCCUCACAAACUUAUGAAACCAAUGCAAGUCCAAGUGUUGCUGAUAAAAUGGUGGAUAGUAAAGAAACCAGCACCAGUUUGGCCACAUCUGGAGAAUGUGCAGCCAGUAGGACAACCAACAGCAACUCAGUUGAUCGAGAAGAAACUGCCAGAGCCUGUUAUAACAACACCUGUUUGACUGUAACUGGAGAAACCAUGAGUAUUGGAGGAAAUCAUGAUAAUCUAACUAGAUCUGGAGAAACAGCAGUUACUGGUAAAACCAAUCCUAGCUUACUUGUAACAGGAAUUGGUGUCAGCGUGACCACAUGUAGAAAUGUAGAUACAGUUGAUGUAAAAACAGCUGCUGUUGUAACUGGAGAACCCAUGAGCAUGAAGGAAACUGGUGUGAGCCAAGUUUUAUCCCGGGAUCAGGUUCCUGGGAAUCCCAAGCUGGGGAAUGAUGCGACAAAAGCCAAGUUUGACAUUUGGGGAAAUCCAGACUGUCAAGUCCACCCUUGGGUGUGUGUCAGUAAGCAUCCGAGUUCCUUCUGUACAGAAUCAGAAAUGAAAAUACCUAACGGAUUCAUGACUUGUCCUGAAAUCCAAAUGGACACAAGUCAGCAUGAAGGAACCUUUAGAGCCGAAGCUCUAGACAAAGGUGUCAGGGUGGGGAACUGUGGAUAUUUAGUAAUAAACCCAAGGAGCAUUUCAGGAACCUCCUCCAUCCCUGUUUAUUCAAUCAGGGAACCUUGGAACUCUGGAGAAUGGGGACAGGAAGUUAGAAACUCGUUAGAUCAUGGGCCAGAAACCAUCUCGGACCUCUCAAAGCUUUGUAUAGCUAACGUGAAUGAAGAAAUGAUCAAGCAAGAGAUUGAAACACGACAGGAGCAUGAAGUAGAUGUUAGUGACAGUGUUGGUGUGGCAAGACCACGCACUCUGAGAACUAAUCCUGGGCAGGCAGUGUCUCUUAGCUGUGACUCCACUCCUCUGAACGACAGUAACGUUGGCUAUUUCGUAGAUGAUGAAGACAUGGAUGUUAUUAUGAACAGUUUGGAGCUUGGCCGUCGACAGAGUGCUCCUGAUAAACUUCAGGAGAGCAAAUGCGCCGAUCCCGAACCUUCAGCUGAGCAGACGGAAAACAAGAGGCAAGGAUUUGCUGACUUUCUAACAAGGAGUCUGUUUUCCUGGAAGCUCAAAGACCCCAAGGCCACGACAGCUGCACCAGGAUGGAGAUUAUUUGGAAAAAUCUCUCCAAAAGGGAGCAACACCAGGGACAGCAGACUUCCCCCGCAGCAUGUGCCAGUUAGACGCAAGAAUCUGGAGUUCGAGCCUCUCUCCACCACGGGCCUCAUUCUGGAGGACAGACCUGCGAACCUGCCAGCGAAGUCUGAGGAAGAAGCUGAGAGACACAGACAGCAGUACAGUGAGAUGAUGGCAGGAGUCAAAAGGAGAGAGCUAAAGGAGGCUCAGCGUAAAAAGAAACAGAUGAAGGAGCGCUACCGACAGGAGGAGAGCAUCGCCCGCGCUCUGGUGGUCUGGAACACGGAGAUCCUGCCCAACUGGGAGAACAUGAGGAACACACGACGUGUGCGGGAGUUGUGGUGGCAGGGUCUUCCACCGAGCAUCCGCGGCAAAAUCUGGAGCCUCGCUAUCGGAAACGAGCUCAACAUCACACCCGAACUGUAUGAAAUCUUUCUGUCUCGAGCUAAAGAGAAGUGGCGCAGUUUUAACGAGACUGGGUCGCUCAGUGAGAAUGAAGAUUGUGGUGUAGACAAGGAGUCGAGUUUGGACCUGAUUAAGCUGGACAUCUUCAGAACCUUCCCCUCGCUUUAUAUCUUUCAGAAGGGUGGACCGUAUCAUGAUGUUUUGCACAAUGUUUUGGGAGCAUACACCUGCUACAGACCUGAUGUAGGAUAUGUGCAGGGAAUGUCCUUCAUAGCUGCUGUCCUUAUCCUGAACCUUGAGGAAGCCGAUGCUUUUAUUGCCUUUGCCAACCUCCUCAACAAACCGUGUCAAAUGGCCUUCUUCAGGGUGGACCAUGACCUGAUGCUGAAGUAUUUCGCUGUCUUUGAGGUUUUCUUCGAGGAGAAUCUGCCCAAAUUAUUCCAGCACUUUCAUAGCAACAGUCUGACUCCAGACUUUUACCUCAUAGACUGGAUCUUCACGCUCUACAGUAAGCCGUUGCCGCUGGACGUGGCAUGCCGCGUGUGGGAUUUGUUUUGCCGUGACGGAGAGGAAGCCCUGUUCCGCACUGCAUUAGGAAUAUUGCGGCUCUAUCAGGACGUCCUGCUGCAGAUGGACUUCAUCCACAGCGCCCAGUUCCUGUCCCGCCUCCCGCAGAACACCCCGGCUCACACACUCUUCACCUGCAUCUCUAACACACACAUGCUCAGCAACAACCGCCGCUGGAACCAGGUUUUUUCAGCUCUGGUGAAAGAUGGACCUAAAGAGGCUGAUAAAACAGGAAGUCCUGCAUUAAGAAGCUAACGCCGUACAGAGUGUUUAUGAUGUUUGGGAUGUUUAACGGGGUCCUGGUGUACAGUGUUAACAAGUCGGACUGCAGAGGUUCGGCCACUCGGGGAAGAUCGUGGGAAGAAGCCGCGGAUUCACCUGAUGCAGAGAGGACAUUUCUCUGUGCGUGCGUGCGUGUGUGUGAGAGAGAGUGAGUGAGUGAGUGAAUGAAGUUGUACCAUGUGCCAAAUGUUUGUGACUGUAAAGCAAGUACGCACAGACACAAGUGCAAUACACACUAACGCAAGUGUAAGGCCGUGCGAAUACCAUAAACAACAAUCCUUUCGAGUUAUUAAGGGUGGAGCUUAUCUUAAAUUCAAAGAGCCUAUUACCUAUUACAUCUUUUUAAAAAAAAAUUCUUUUACAUUAUGCUAGCUUCCUGCACGCAAUACUGAGUUAGCCAAGGUAAGUUUAAGAAUACCUCAGUAGCUAUCUAACGUUUCCUAGCAGGCUAGCUCACGUUCACAUUCUGUAACUGCUGUUGUGAUGUCAUGAGAUUUAGUUAACUUAAGCUCCGCCCUCCUCGAGCCAAGGAUUAAACGGUUAAACGGCAACCUAAAGGACGCAACGACAAACCGUUACCCUGAACGUUACUUGAAGACGAGCAACAAAAGCGACACUUUAUUAUUCUGAUACGUUUCCAGAUAUUAUGUCAGUGACCAUAUGUGCAAUGUCGCCCUCUAAAGGGAGCUCUUUGCUAGAGAUUGAUUUUAUUUUCUUUAGAGCAGGCGUCUGGGUUAAAAAGCUGAAACGAUAUGUCUAACCGUCUUGUUUUGUAAUAUUUUACAGCCGUGAGCGCUGACAGGACAUACGGUGAAUGGGUUUUUUCCCCACUACCAUGAUCUUUAAACAGAAUUUUGUCCUGAAGUUAUAUUUAUAAUAUUUUAAAAAAUUAAAUGAUUUAAUGAAAGAAAAAUGAAA